AAGCCGAACAUCACGGGCUUCGAUAUGCGAAAGUUCCUCGCCGCGACAGGGACCCCUCGCUACGACCCAUGGGAGAAGAACGAGGCAUGGCGGUACACAGGCCGGUUCAGCCGCUUGAAUCGGUUUAGGAACGCGCUCCCCGGCUUUGGGAUUGCGACGGUAGCGUUUGCGGGCUACUGCCUCUACGAGCACUUUUUCAUGCAGGACGACCACCACCACGGCGGCGGGCAC